AGCCAGCCAGCCCCACAGGCACUGCAAGCUGUACUCAUAACAGACUCUCUGAACCUAAAUCAUGUCUCAGACCGCCAAGUCCACUUCCAACCAGGGCACUGACGCCAAGGACAAGGGAGCUCCCGCCCCCGCCGCCAGCAGCAAGGCCACCAAGACCGGAGAGCCCGGAAUGAUGGGCAACUUCAGAAUCAUGCUCUUCGAGCAGGAGAACUUCCAGGGCAGGAUGAUCGAGGUUCAGAACGAGUGUGUGAACGUGUGUGACCAAGGAAUGGACAGAGUGCGCAGUAUCAUUGUGGAGUGCGGCCCCUUCGUGGCCUUCGAGCAGUCUAACUUCCGUGGGGAGAUGUUCAUCCUGGAGAAGGGCGAGUAUCCUCGCUGGGAUACCUGGUCCAACAGCUACCGCAGUGACUGUCUCAUGUCCCUUAGACCUAUCCGCAUGGACAACAUGGAGCACAAGAUCUGCCUGUUCGAGCUGUCCGACUUCAAGGGCAACAAGAUGGAGAUCCAGGAGGAUGACGUGCCAACCCUGUGGGCCCAUGGCUUCUGCGACAGAGUGGGCAGCGUGAGAGUGCCCGGUGGAGCUUGGGUGGGCUACCAGUACCCUGGAUACAGAGGCUACCAGUACCUGUUCGAGUGCGGCGAGUACAGACACUACAACGAGUUUUGCGCCUUCCAACCUCAGAUCCAGUCCAUGCGUCGCGUGAGGGAUAUGCAGUUCCACCAGCGCGGAUGCUUCAACCUCACCUCUGCCAAACAGUGAGCCAGCCCUGCCGCAAACCGGUGGCCUAGCAACCAGCCUUCCCACGGGCGCUUUUUAUCCCCCCAUCCAGAUCUCUUCCCUCCACCCCAAAUCUCUCUCAUUUCCCCAUUCCCACAGAAUAGCAUGACAUCAUUGUAAACGGACAUCUGACGUGACUUUUUAUGAUGCCAAAAAAUAAACAUGUUUUGAAAAACCCAAA